GGGGCUCUUCCCGCUUCCAAAAAAACCCCGGGAGCACAUUCCGCACAUUCCCACCUUCCCACAUUCCCACCAUCCCGUUAUCCAUGGGAUGACUCAGCGAUGGCGGCGGGAAAAAGCGGGAUGCGCAUUCCCGAUCCCUCGGGAUCGCCAUGGCCCUGACGGCCCGGGCGCUGCGCGGGAUCCGCCCUGGGAUCCGCCCGGGGAUCCUGGGAAAUGCUGCCCGUGCCUGCAGCAGGGCUGUGUGUGGCGUCAUUCCCAUGGAAUUCUCUCCCUGUUUUCCAGGCUGUGUGGGUGCCAUUCCCAUGGAAUUCUCUCCCUGUUUUCCAGGUGUGUUUGUGGCUGUUGUGGAGCUCUCCGGCCUCGCUACAAGCGCCUGGUUGACAACAUUUUCCCGGAGGAUCCCGAGGAUGGGCUGGUGAAAACCAACAUGGAGAAGUUGACCUUCUACGCCCUCUCUGCCCCCGAGAAGCUCGACAGGAUCGGGGCCUACCUGUCCGAGAGGCUCAUCCGGGACGUGGGCAGGCACCGAUACGGGCACGUGUGCAUCGCCAUGGAGGCGCUGGACCAGCUGCUGAUGGCCUGCCACUGCCAGAGCAUCAACCUGUUCGUGGAGAGCUUCCUCAAGAUGGUGGCCAAGCUGCUCGAGUCCGACAAGCCCAACCUGCAGAUCCUCGGCACCAACUCCGUGAGCUCCAAAUCCCAACCCAUCCAACCAGGAAUUCAUCGGGAAAAGGGCGGGGGACGAGCGUUGGGGGCUUUCCAGGAUUCUGGACUUGCUACUCCCGGAUUUUUGGCAGUCUGGGAUUUUUUUUGCAUCCAUUUUUUCCUGAAAUUCCUUGGGAAAAGGGCAGGGAAGGAGGGUUUGUGGUUUUCCAGGAGUCUGGAAUUGUUUUGGCGGUCUGGGGGUUUUUUUGGCAUCCCCUUUUUUGCCUGAAAUUCCUUGGCAAAAGGGCAGGGAAGGAGGCUUUGUGGCUUUCCAGGAUUCUGGAAUUGCUGCUCCCACUCUUUUGGCAGUCUGGGAUUUUUUUGCAUCCCUUUUUUCCCUGAAAUUCCUCGGGAAAAGGACGGGGAGGGAGGGUUUGUGGUUUUCCAGGAGUCUGGAAUUGCUGCUCCUGCCUUUUUUGGCACUCC